AUGCUACGAUCUGUUGUUUUCAGAAUUCAGAGACCCGCUUUUCGUAAAGUGACAAGCCAGCUCAAUCGAACUUCAGCAUUUCCUUUGGCCGUCCGAUAUUACAACCCUAUGCAAAGAGGGCCUUCGCCACCUCGUUUGCCCAAGGAAGAACAAGAAGAGUUUGAAAAACUUCAGCGUGAAGCCAAUGUUUCAAGAGCCUUCCAAGAGUACGAUGCAGAUAACGAAGAGUUGGAUGAAGAGCUUUUGGAAGCUGGUCCUUCAAUCAACGAAGAAGCGUUAAAGGCCCAAGGACUUCACCCCGAUUUUCACUACUCCAACAUUAAGCCUGAUUUUGAAGGAGACACAAAUCCUGUUACUGGUGAAGUUGGUGGACCCAAGCAAGACCCUUUAAGGCAUGGCGACUAUGCUUUUAACUGCCGUGUUACCGACUUUUAG